AUGUUAGGACUCGGCGAGUCACCAAACCGGUCCCUUCAUGUUUUGUCAAAACCACCGGAUGUACAAAAAGGUGAUUCGACGUUUUCUUCGUCUGAUCCAUUUGGUGCAGGGAACGAACACAUCUCUGGGGAAGAAAGAAGACAAACAUUAAAGGGGAAUUUGGGCCCGAGUAACAACAUUAUCGUUGCAAAGGUUUCGAGGUUCACUCUGGACGAUUUUCCAGUCAUGAUCAGUCCGUUUAAUGUUAAGUUAACUUUGGUGGUGGACAAGAGGUUUAGGAAUCUUUGGGCCAAUUUGGAGUCUGGUCAACUCAGGACUUUUGAUAUCAGUUUCUUGGAGUUUGACGUUUGUGGAACUCCUCGGUUUAUGUGGAGGAGGGAGUAUAUCGUUAGUAUGUGGUGCAUCACCGAUGUUGAGUGUGCCUUUCUCGCCAACUUUUGUCCAGAUGAGGCCAAGGACAAAUUUUCAGUUUGUCUUCUGUGUGAUGGAGCUAGGUAUUGGUAG